AUGGACUACGGUCUCGUUAAGGCGGGCGUACGACUUUAUCACCAACGGCAUCAUGCACAGGCGAUUCACAAAUGGCGGCAAGCCCUGCAUCGGUUGACAAAUGCCGAGGACCGUUUCAUCACUCUGGGCUACCUGGCGCAGGCGUUCUGCGACAGCGGCGAGUUCGAAGCGAUGCUACACUACGCACUGCAGCAGAUGGAGCUCGCCAACGAACGGCACGACGAGUACAUGAAGAGCGAGGCGUUUCUGAACCUGGCCAAAGCCUACGAACGGCUCGCCGAUUUCAGUAAGGCUCUGAGUUAUGGUAAAGCUAGCCUUCAACAUCCCAGUAUGGAUCCUCGUACUCCGGGAUAUGCUCACCUAGCGAUCGCAUGCGCCUAUCUGGGUUUCGGUCAGUUCCAGAACUGCUUGGAGGCAUUCGAACAGGCUAUGAAUGUGGCCAACGAGACGUCCGACAAGCUGCUUGAGCUACAAAUUUGCGUGGGUCUCGGUUCGCUCUUCACUCUCUUGAGGGAUUUGUCGAAAGCGUUGAUUUUCCUGCGAAACGCGAUGGCUAUCGUUCAAUCGGUGACCGUCGACGAUGUGCACGCAAAAUAUCGAUGUACGAUACUGUAUCACUUAUCAGUGGCACUGCGAAUGCGUGGAUCGCUGGUGGAGGCGAAAGAAGCGUGCGAUGAGGCCUUACAACUCGCAUCCGAGACUGGUAAUCGAGCGCUACAUGCUAGGUGUAUGUGCAGUCUAGCCGAUAUUUUUCGUGAACUGGGAGAAUCUGAAGCGAAGGAAACGUUGACGAAGUCCUGGGCUCGAUAUGAGGAAGCGUACAGGGUCCUACGAGCGUCUCAAGAUCGAAUGGGAGAAGUGCUAGUGUUAGCCAGUAUGGCGAAGAGCGCUUCCGAGAGCCGGUCACACUACACAGGCCAGUGCGAGUGCCAGGCUAUACAGCUUAACAAGAAAUGCCUCGACAUCGCUAGAACUCUUGGAUGCAAGCACGUGAUGCUUAAAUGUCAUUCUCGCCUCGCUGAACUGUACGCCCAACUAAAUGACGAAGAUGGGGAAGAGGCUGCUCGUAGAGCAGCCAGUCAACUCACACAAGAAAUGGAGCUGUUUUGUAACUUCUGCGGUCAAAGGUACGGCAUCAAGGACGAGAGUUUGCAAGCACUGCGAUGUUCCCAUGUUUUUCACGAAAGAUGUCUUCACACAUUCCUUCUCGAACGCGAAGAUCAGACGUGUCCGAAGUGUCGUUGCCGUGCCAUCGUUUCCGACAACAUCUCCAUGAGAACGCCCAGCAUUUGCUCGACCGCUGAGGCGCAGACGCCGAGCACCUCACAACUGCCAAUUUUGUCCGGAGCGGUGAAAACCCCUCUGAUUGCCGCAGCUGCAGAAAUGGGAAACAUUCAACCGCAAUCGACACUCACCAGAGUGACGGCACGACAAGCUGAGAGAGACAUCAAUCAAAUGGACCGUACUCUGGAUCGGACAGAAAGUAGGAACGAUGCGAGCACUCGAAGUAAAGCGAAGCCCCCACCUCCCCCAAGGAAACCAUGCUGUUCUAAGUGUCAACAUUUUUUGUGUUUACAGGAUGGAUUGCCACCGUCUUUUGUAGUUUCGUUACCGCCGCCGAUGCCUCUUUCUGAGAGUGGUCCCCUGGUUGUCUCCAGAGCUCCAACCAUCACAGAUGUCUAG